CAUGCUGCGCCGCGCUCCUGUUUGUUGUGAAUCUACUCGAGAAAGAGUCCAAACCCACAGAACAGCAGAUUAUUAUAAAGAUGGCGUUUAUUAAAGAGGAGAGUGAAGACAUCAAGAUUGAAGAAACAUUCACAGUCAAACAUGAAGAGAUUGAAGAAGCUUUCAGAGUCAAACAUGAAGAUCCUGAGGAACAAACAGAAUUGAUGCAACUCAAAGAGGAGAGUCAAGAUCAGAAUGAGAUCGAAGAGGAGGAUCAAUAUGAGGAAAUAUCUGAAGAAGAACCAGAACAGACAAAAACCUCUUCAGAAAGACCAGCCCAGAAGACCGAAUCUAAUACCUGCCAUCAGUGUGGAAAGAGUUUCACUAGGAAACAAUCCUUUACAAACCACAUGAGAAUUCACGCUGGAGAAAAGCUUUACACUUGCCAACAGUGUGGAAAGAGUUACACUCGGAAACAAACCUUUACAAACCACAUGAGAAAUCACACUGGAGAAAGGCCGUAUACUUGUCAACACUGUGGAAAGAGUUUCAUAUGUAAACAAAACCUUAAAAACCACAUGAAGGUUCACACUGGAGUAAAGCCUUACACUUGCCUUGAGUGUGGAAAGAGUUUCACUCGGAAACAAAACCUUACGGAGCAUAUAAGGAUUCACACUGGAGAAAAGCUUCACAGUUGCCAUCGGUGUGGAAAGAGUUUCACUUGGAAAAAAACCCUUAUUGAGCAUAUGAAGGUUCACAGUCGAGAGAAGACUUCUAUCUGCUAAGAGGACAGAGUUUCAGAUAUAAACAAUCCUUAGACUUCCACGUGAUGCUUCAUAAUGGAUAAAACGCCUGUAGAUUGUGUGGCAAGAACUUUACAUGCAGAGAUUAACACUGGAGAUAAGCUGUUUGUGUUUUGAAAUUGUAAGGAUAAAGUAAAACUUUGUCAUUAGUGUUGAGUUUCAUUGACAGGAAUCAUGUAAUAACUCACACCAUAGGAAAGUCCUAAAAAUCGUUAACAUGAGAGCCCCAACCCCAGGCCUGGCUCCAGCGUGGGGCCCUGUUUAAGCCAUAUUUGUACUCCAUUUUGUUGUUGUAUUCAUAAGGUUUUUCAACCACACUUGGACCUGUCACCUAGGACUACUUUGCCUUGGGAGACAAUAGCAGAGGCAUCCCAGACAACACAGCCUCUAACAUCAUUCAGGCACUAAAACCUCUCCAUCACGAUAAGAUACUGUUUCAAGGAGAGGUAGCGCUGAUUUAGUCUACUUAUCAAGAGAUUUCAUUCAGAAAAUAGAUACGGACACACAUGGAGAAGCUGCCAUCUGUAGAAAACUCUCAGUAGACAAUUACAGGAACAUUUGUAAUGUAUUGUGCAGCUUCAUGAUGACAAUUUGCAUCAUAGAGCUCACACGAUUAUUGUUAGUGGCGCAAAUUGUACUCGGACAUAUUUGUUACUCGAGACACAUCAAGAUUUUAUCUACUACCCCAAAUCAGAAAAAGUUGGCACAGUAUGGAAAACGCAAAUAAAAAAGAA